AGGCUGUGUAGUGCAUGACGGGAAGGUUGAGACCGGGUCGGGUCUGGACUGGACUGGAGCAGCUGCAGGGAGACCAGCGCAUGGUCUGAGGGUCGGAGGGUCUGAGGGUCUGUGUGUGGAGCUGCUGGUGUGUUUUUAGGACGGAGCCUGUAACAGGGGGUCCGGUGCAAGAUCCAGAUGGACAGAACGGCAAGAAAAAUGAGGAACCAGGACAUUAACCCGUGCAUCGAGGAGAGCGACGCGUCUCAGAAGUGUUUAGACGUCAACAACUAUGAUAAGAGCAUGUGUUCAGCCUAUUUCCAGAGAUACAAGAACUGUAGGAAAUACUGGCACGGCAUCAUGAUGCAGAGGAGGAGAGACGGAGUGAAGCCUGAUAUGCCCACGGCUGCAGAGAGGCUGGAGAUGCUCGCUGCUCUGGGAGGGAAACCCUACUAGGAGUGAAUGUGAAGCGCUGUGCUGGUCCUGACGUAGUGAGGGGGGAGGGUGACCUGUUCACACUGAGGUCUGCUGGACGGGACCGGAGCUGGAGAAUCGAAGAUGGAGAUGAAGGGCGAGAGGUGACAUGAACUGACUCUACAGGAGAGAAAUGAAGCUGCUCCUGGAAAGACGUCUUGUCUGAUGAUUCACUGAAGCUCCAGCCGCUGAAAUCUUUUCCACAUUCGAACAUGAGGCCAUGUGAGGCCCGUGUAGAGCCGCGUAGAGCUCUCAGGGUGGACGGACGCCUGUUACUCGCAGGCAGGGAUUUAAUAGAGGUCAAGUUUCCUCCUGUCAUCUCCUGAAUCCAAUAAAAAUGAGAAUGAGAGCUGGAGCUUCGUGUUUGGUUUGUUCUGGUGGAACCGGCAGUGUUUGGUGGGGGCUGUGGUGAAGACGCCGCUCCAGACUGGAUCCAGGUCCGUCACUGAUGAGGACGCCGUGAAACGAGGAACCUCAUUUGUUCUUCAACUGAUUACUUGUGGAUGACUGAUCCUUUACCCAAAGUAAACACUGGAAGAAUCUA